AUGGAAUCAACGAACGUCUCCGUCGCGAAGCGCGGGAAGCUUCAAUCACCAGAACAAUGGCCGACAUGGAUAAGCACAAUCCGAUCCCUCGCGAAAGAUCACAACGUCUGGGAACUCCUUGACCCAGAAAAGAGUGACGAUAACCUUACCAAGGAGAUCGACGAGCCCGAGCUGCCUCCAAUGCCACAGCAGACAAUGAACGAGUCCAAUCAGAUGAUGUACCGUAUGUGGGGGUACGAGAUGGAUUUCUAUAAGAUCAAGCAGGCAAGAUAUGAGAAACAGCAAAAGGGCCUUGCUAUCGUGAACACAGCCAUCAAGGCCUCGGUACACGAAAACCAGCAGUACUCCUUGAAUGAUAAGGACACUGCCCGUGAGAGGCUAGUUUUCUUAAAGUCUCGGUUCGGCCAAUCCACCAACCGUUUCGAGAUAGUUCGCAAGGAGUGGAAAGCGACGUCGCAUCUACCAUCAAAGAACGAUGUGGAUGUCGACAAAUGA